AUGUCUCUGUCCAACAAGCUGUCCAUCACCGACGUCGACCUCAAGGGCAAGCGGGUCCUGAUCCGCGUCGACUUCAACGUGCCCCUCGACGCCUCGGGCAAGGUGACCAACAACCAGCGCAUCGCCGGCGCCGUGCCCACCAUCAAGUACGCCAUCGACCACGGCGCCAAGGCCGUCGUGCUCAUGUCCCACCUCGGCCGCCCCAACGGCGCCGCCAACCCCAAGUACAGCCUCCGGCCCGUCGUCCCGGAGCUUGAGAAGCUGCUCGGCGGCGGCAAGACGGUCACCUUUGCGCCCGAGUGCGUCGGCCCCGAGGUCGAGGAGAUCGUCAACAAGCAGGCGGACGGCGGCGUCGUGCUGCUCGAGAACCUGCGCUUCCACAUCGAGGAGGAGGGCUCGGCCAAGGACAAGGAGGGCAACAAGACCAAGGCGGACAAGGCCAAGGUCGAGGAGUUCCGCAAGGGCCUGACCAAGCUUGGUGAUGUCUACAUCAACGACGCCUUCGGCACCGCCCACCGCGCCCACUCGUCCAUGGUCGGCGUCGACCUGCCCCAGAAGGCCGCCGGCUUCCUCAUGAAGAAGGAGCUCGACUACUUCGCCAAGGCGCUCGAGUCGCCCAAGCGGCCCUUCCUGGCCAUCCUCGGCGGCGCCAAGGUCUCGGACAAGAUCCAGCUCAUCAACAACCUGCUCGACAAGGUCGACACGCUCAUCAUCUGCGGCGGCAUGGCCUUCACCUUCAAGAAGACGCUCGACGGCAUCCCCAUCGGCAACUCGCUCUUCGACGAGGCCGGCGCCAAGACGGUCAAGGAGCUCGUCGAGAAGGCCGAGAAGAACAAGGUCAAGCUCGUGCUGCCCGUCGACUACGUCACGGCCGACAAGUUCGACGCCGACGCCCAGACGGGCCAUGCGACGGACAAGGACGGCAUCCCCGACGGCUGGAUGGGCCUCGACUGCGGCGACGAGUCGAUCAAGCUCUACACCGAGGCCAUCAACGAGGCCAACACCAUCCUGUGGAACGGCCCGCCCGGCGUGUUCGAGUUUGACAAGUUUGCCCACGGCACCAAGGCCACGCUCGACGUCGCCGUCAAGGCCGCCGAGAACGGCAAGAUCGUCAUCAUCGGCGGCGGCGACACCGCCACCGUGGCCGCCAAGUACGGCGUCGAGAGCAAGCUCAGCCACGUCUCCACCGGCGGCGGCGCCAGCCUGGAGCUGCUCGAGGGCAAGGAGCUGCCUGGCGUUACUGCCCUGAGCAGCAAGUGA